AUGGUUGGAUUCGUGGAGCGAAGGAACAACGUGAGAGAAUUCGCCCUGCUUGGCCAGACACAGAACCCACACAUGAAAAAACUCUUGUUGGCUGUGUUUACAAUCAUCUACUUUCUCUCUGCGUCCAGCAACCUACCCAUUGUAGUGACAGUCACCGCCAGCCAAGCCUUGAACUCCCCCGUGUAUUUUGUUCUUUCUUUCUUGUCUUUCAUAGAUGGCUGCUACUCUUCUACCGUGGCCCCCAAAAUGGUAUUUGACUUACUCACUGAAAAGAAAACUAUCUCCUUCAGUGGGUGCAUGACUCAGCUCUUUGCUGAACAUUUCUGUGGAGGAGUUGAGAUCAUCCCCCUCCGGGUGAUGGCCUGUGAGCGCUACGUGACCAUCUGCAAGCCCCUGCACUCAACCACAAUGAACAGGCACGUGUGUGUCCUCCUGGUGGCCAUGGCCUGGGCCCAGGGAUUUCUGCAUGCUCUGAUUCAAAUUCUUUUUAUCAUCUGGCUGCCUUUCUGUGGCCCCAAUGUCACUGACUAUUUCGUCUGUGAUCUUCUCCCUCUGCUAAAACUCUCCUGCUCUGACACUCGCUCUUUGGGACUUUUUGUUACUGCCAACAGUGGACUGAGGUGUAUGUUCAUUUUUUCUGUUCUCAUCUCUUAUGUCCUCAUCCUUUGCUCCCUAAGAAUGCACAGCAUGAAAGAAAUGGAAGGACAACAGAAGGCUCUCUCCACCUGCACCUCCCAUGUUACUGUAGUUGUCUUAUUCUUUGUACCCUGUAUAUUUGUGUACCUUCGGCCAAUAAUCAUUUUUCCUAUUGAUAAAGUUCUGGCUGUGUUUUAUACUACGGUAACACCCAUGUUGAACCCUUUAAUCUACACCCUCAGACACUCAGAGGCAAAAAAUGCCAUGAGGAAGCUCUGA